AUGGAUUGUGGGCCACCUGCUGCCCUCCAGCCCCACCUGGCUGAGCCACCUGGCCCUGCCUGUCGCCCAGUGGCUGUGUGCCAGCAGGAGAAUCUGUCCUUUGCGGAGCUGUCCACCCUGCAGCCCCCAAGCCCUGUGUGUCUGGACCUCUUUCCUGUCACCCCUGAAGAGCUGCAGGCUCCUGGCAGCCGCUGGUCCUUGGGGACCCCUGCCCCUCUCCAAGGACUGCUAUGGCCACCAUCCCCAGGAGGCCCAGACACCAAGGUCUCCACCAGUGGGGGGACUCGGCCCAACAGAGCUGGCAGCUGGCCACACUGUCCCAGUGCCCAGCCCUCAGCUCUGGAGGGACCCUGGAGCCCCCAGCACCCACAGCCACUGCGCCGGGCCAGCCAUGGUUCAGAGAAGAAGUCAGCCUGGCGGAAGAUGCGGGUAUACCAGCGUCAGGAGGCCUCCAGCAGCCCUGAGGUCCAUGCCAUCUUCCUGGAACCUGGCCAGGAUGAAAGGGAGCAGGCUGUGAGCACAGAGGAGCCUAGGCCACUGGAGCUGUCAGGGCCCACCCGCGUGGGCCUCGAGGGACCUGAGCGAAGGCGAUUUUCAGCCUCUGAGCUCAUGAGUCGGCUGCACUCCUCCCUGCGCCUGGGGAGGCAUACAGCCCCUAGAGUCCUGGCCCCAGGGCCUGGUAAUGGCCCAGCCCGGGAAGGAAAAGCAUCCGCAAGGGAGUCUCACAGUGUGGAGAUGAGGGUGGAAGGUGUGGCACUGCCAGCCCCUGCUGACCCAAUCGCGGGCCCUGGCAGCUGGUCCCAGCCCAGGAUGGACAUGCAGGAAGAGCCUGCUCUGGGUUCCAGGAGCUCCAGCGAGAGGCGCCAGUCCCGGUUUCUCCUUAACUCCGUCCUCUACCAGGAAUACAGCGACGUGGCCAGCGCCCGCGAGCUGCGACGACAGCAGCGCGAAGAGGAGGGCCCAGGGGACGAUGCCGAGAGCGCAGAGGAGGGGCCUGGGCCCCCGCGAGCCAACCUCUCCCCCAGCAGCUCCUUUCGGGCGCAGCGCUCGGCGCGAGGCUCCACAUUCUCGUUGUGGCAGGACAUCCCCGACGUGCGCGGUAGCGGGGUCCUGGACAUGCUGAGCCUGCGCGACUGCAAACUACAAGAGGCCAAGUUUGAGCUGAUCACAUCCGAGGCCUCAUACAUCCACAGUCUGUCGGUGGCUGUGGGCCACUUCUUGGGAUCGGCCGAGCUGAGCGAGUGUCUGGGGGCGCAAGACAAGCAGUGGCUGUUCUCCAAAUUGCCCGAAGUCAAGAGCACCAGUGAGAGGUUCCUGCAAGAGCUGGAGCAGCGGCUGGAGGCAGAUGUGCUGCGCUUCAGCGUGUGUGAUGUGGUAUUGCGCCACUGUCCGGCCUUCCGUCGUGUCUACCUGCCCUAUGUCACCAACCAGGCCUACCAGGAGCGCACCUACCAGCGCCUGCUCCUGGAGAACCCCAAGUUCCCUGGCAUCUUGGCUCGCCUGGAAGAGUCUCCCGUGUGUCAACGUCUGCCCUUUACCUCCUUCCUCAUCCUGCCCUUCCAGAGGAUCACCCGCCUCAAGAUGCUGGUGGAGAACAUUCUGAAGAGGACAACACAGGGCUCUGAAGAUGAAGAUAUGGCCACUAAGGCCUUCAAUGCACUCAAGGAGCUGGUACAAGAAUGCAAUGCCAGCGUGCAGUCUAUGAAGAGGACAGAAGAGCUUAUCCACCUGAGCAAGAAGAUCCACUUUGAGGGCAAGAUCUUCCCGUUGAUCUCUCAGGCCCGCUGGCUGGUUCGGCACGGGGAGCUGGUGGAACUGGCACCACUGCCCGUGGCGUCCCCUGCCAAGCUAAAGCUGUCCAGCAAGGCAGUCUAUCUUCACCUCUUCAAUGACUGCUUACUGCUGUCCCGGAGGAAGGAGCUGGGGAAGUUUGCUGUUUUCGUGCAUGCCAAGAUGACCGAGCUGCAGGUGAAGGACCUGAGCCUGAAGCUCCAGGGCAUCCCUGGGCACGUGUUCCUGCUUCAGCUCUUCCACGGGCAACACACCAAGCACCAGUUCCUGCUGAGGGCCCGGACUGAGAGUGAGAAGCAGCGAUGGAUCUCAGCCAUGUGCCCAUCUAGCCCCCAGGAGGACAAAGAGGUCAUCAACGAGGGGGAAGAUCGCCCCCAGGUUCAGUGCGUCAGGACAUACAAGGCACUACAGCCAGAUGAGCUGACCUUGGAGAAGACUGAUAUCCUAGCCGUGAGGACCUGGACCAGUGAUGGCUGGCUUGAGGGUGUCCGCCUGGCAGACGGUGAGAAGGGGUGGGUACCCCAGGCCUACGUGGAAGAGAUCAGCAGUCUCAGUGCUCGCCUCCGGAACCUGCGGGAGAAUAAACGGAUCACGAGCGCCACCAGCAAAAUGGGGGAGCCUCCUGCGUAA